AUGCUCAAAUAUCAUAAUUCUAUUUCAGUAGAACAGCUCCCAGCCGAAGUCCUUCAACAAAUUUUCAUUUUAUCUAGUAACCAUCACUUCCCUCUGGUCUCUCGGACUUUCUACAAUGCUGCUAACUGUCAGACCAGCAUCAAGACAGCCUGGCUACUUCACAAAUAUGAGUACCGUCAUGUGCUGGCCUUUCAUCGGGGACUACGCCGACGAUUCUUCAACAAAGACAUUCUUUUCCAAUUGGACGCUAGCUAUCAGUCGGAACUAAAAGCGACUGGCGAACUGCCUAAACCAUUACCAUUCCUUAAACGGCCUAUUCCGCAACAUCUUUUCCGAGCUCCGGAUCAAAAGUAUUAUGAACUCGUAAAGAUUCUACUUAAGCGGGGCGGAUCUCCUAUCGCUCACAACAACUAUCCGAUUAUAAAGUCGGCUCAAUUGGGUUGUCUGGACAUGGUUGAGCUAUUACUCCAAUACGAUGCUAAACCUGAUGUUAAAGGCAAUCUUGCUCUAACAUUUGCGGUUAUAGGGAAAAACAUUAAGAUUGUAAAGAGAUUGAUUGACGCUGGCGCUCCAGUGGAUGAUAAUUGUAUGAAAAUAGCAGAGAAGAAUAACCAUCCGGAGAUGAUUAGUCUAUUGAAAUUUUAUAGAAGAAAAUUGUAA